AUGCUUGAUGUAGAAAGUAAAACUAAAAUUAAUAACUCUGCAAAUGAAAAAGGAGCAGUAGUGGUGAUUUGUGAAUACAUGAUUGAUCACUUUGGAUUUGAUGAAAAUCUUACAUUCCAGCAGCGGUAUCUAGUAGCAGAUCAGCACUGGAAGAAAGACAAUGGACCAAUACUAUUUUAUACAGGCAAUGAAGGAGACAUCACGUGGUUCUGCAACAAUACGGGUUUUAUGUGGGAUGUGGCUGAAGAACUUAAUGCCAUGUUAGUAUUUGCUGAACAUAGAUAUUAUGGAGAAUCAUUGCCCUUUGGGAAUGAGUCUUUCAGCGAUUCCAAGCAUCUGAAUUACCUGACAUCAGAACAAGCUCUAGCAGACUUCGCAGUACUGGUUGAGUACUUAAAGACGACCAUUGCAGGAGCCCGUUACAGUUCUGUCAUAGCUAUAGGAGGAUCUUAUGGAGGAAUGCUUGCAGCCUGGUUUAGGAUGAAGUACCCCCAUGUGGUAGUUGGAGCUCUGGCAGCCUCUGCCCCAAUCUGGCAGUUUGGUGAUUUGGUUCCGUGUGGCACUUAUUUCAGCAUAGUGACUAAUGAUUUCAAAAAGAGUGGGACGGGCUGCUCAGAAAGCAUCCGGAAUUCCUGGAAUGCCAUUAACCACCUUUCCUCAACAGACGUGGGUUUACAGUGGCUUUCCAGCACAUUCCAUUUGUGCAGCCCAUUAAAAAAUCUUCAGGAUGCUGCUAUAUUGAAAAACUGGCUGAGUGAAACAUGGAUAAACUUGGCUAUGGUGAACUAUCCCUAUAAAGCUGACUUCUUGCAGCCUCUGCCAGCUUGGCCUAUACAGGAAGUCUGCAAGUUCUUGAAGGAUCCCAGUCUCUCCGACAAAUUGUUGCUGCAGAAUGUUUUUCAGGCAGUAAAUUUAUAUUACAACUAUUCAGGAGAAGCCUCAUGCUUAGACAUGUCCGAGACUGCAACAAAGAAUCUGGGCGAGUUGGGUUGGUACUAUCAGCUAGUAUCACUAAGGUAUCAGAGAACAGCUAGUGUGAAAGAUGAAAUUUUUGCUUGGUAUCUGUUCUGGCCCAUCGACAAGAAGGCU